ACGUUACACAACUGUCUGAUAACAACCAGGCGUUAGACGUGUGUUACACAAACUUUAUAUACAAACGAAAUGGAUACAAAAGUGGAGCAAAACGGAGGGUCUAUACCCAUGGAGCCAAAACGUGAUUUUAAAUCCGGGCAAGACGAAGGGAAGACGUCGGAGGCCUCGAAAGUUCCUGUGGCGAUUCUCGGCAGCGGAGACUACAGCCGGUCUCUGGCGGGCCGACUCGUGCGAUCGGGCUUUGCCGUGGUUGUGGGGAGCCGGGAUCCAGACCGCAACCGGCGCCUCUUUCCUCAGGGUGCAGAAGUGACGACCCGUCAGGCGGCCCUGUCCGGAGCCCGGUUGGUGUUCGUAGCCGUCCACCGGGAGAACUACCCCGACCUGCAGCAGGACAGGGACGCGCUGGCCGGCAAGAUACUCAUCGACGUCAGCAACAACACCAAGCUGAAGAAGGAUGGCGAGUCUAACGCGGAGUACCUCGCGCGGCUCCUGCCGGGUUCCACUGUGGUGAAGGGCUUCAACGUCGUCUCCGCCUGGUCUCUGGAGUCGGGCCUGUUCGGAGGAUCAAAGGAGGUUUUCAUCAGUAGCGAUGACGCCGAGGCCCGGAGGACCGUCAUGCAACUCGCGCAGGACAUGCGGUUCGCAGCGGUGGAUUAUGGGAGCCUGCGGGCGGCUCGCGAGAUCGAGGCUAUGCCCUUGAGGCUGCUGCCGUCCUGGCACCUGGCGCUCAAGAUGGUCCUGUGCGUGCUGACGUUCUACGUCCUGUGGAACGUCUAUCGCGGCGUGGUGUUCUACGCAGUCAAGUCCGGGGACAACUACGCGGCGCACAUCCCGAUACACCAGGUGAACAGAGCGCUAGGCGACACGGCCAUCACCACCCUAUGCCUGGUCUACACGCCAGGAGUUCUGGCCAGCUUUGCUCAACUCUACAACGGCACCAAGUACAAGCGUUUCCCGAACUGGCUCGACAAGUGGAUGCGUGCGCGCAAGCAGCUCGGCCUUCUGUGCCUCUUCAUCGCUUCCAUCCACGCCUGUCUCAGCGUCCUGGAGUGGAGCCCAGCUUACGGCUACGACCGCCUCUUCGAGAAGACCACCGUGAACGCCAACGGGGAUGUCGUGUACGGGAUGAUGCGAUGGAGCGGGGAGACUUUCCUCCUGUUCGGCACGCUGGCGCUCUUCCUCAUGGCGGUGCUCGGCGUGGCGUCCAUCCCCUCCGUCGGUAGCAGCAUGAACUGGCGAGAGUUCAACUUCGUGCAGUCCAAGCUCGGCUGGACGGUUUUUCUCUUCGCCGUCACGCACUGCUCGGUCUACGUCGCGGAGAUGUUCAUAGAGUCGUACCUGUUCACCAGCUACACCCCGCCGGCUUUCUACAUCGACCUGACCCUCUGUGCGGUUCUCCUGCUGCUGAAGAUUGUGACUCUGCUGCCGUGCGUCAGUUCUCGCGUGGACAGGAUCAGACGAGGCUGGGAGAGGAAAGCGCCCAAAGCCGGGAAGACCAACGCUGCGUACAGCAAGGAGGAUCCGGAAAUGACGUCGUACCUGUAGCGUAGUUUUCUUUCAUAACGAAGCCUUUUUUCAUAAAAGAAUGUAACAUUGAGUACACAUUACUUAUUGUCAUUGUCAUUAUUAAGCAGUGAAAUGAAACACGAGCCAAGGGUCCGUAGGACACAAUCCAACUUGACACUAAAUGGAACACACGUUCUGUUCAAAUUACGUCAGAUUGAACAUAAUUCGGUUGUAAAGAAGGUUGACGCUCUGUGCGGUUCUGCUGCUGCUGAAGAUUCUUACGCUGCUGCCGUGUGUCCGUUCUCGCGUGGACAGGAUCAGGCGAGGCUGGGAGAGGCACGUGCCGAAGACCGGGAAGAGCAACGGUGCCUACAAGGAGGAUCCCGAAAUGACGUCGUACCUGUAGCGUAGUUUCCUUUCAUAACGAAACCUUUUUUUUUGUCAUAAAAGAAUGUAACAUUGAGUACGCAUUAGUUAUUAAGCAUCUUAAACCUAGCGAAAUGAAACACGAGCCAGCUGGGGUCCGUAGGACACAAUCCAACUUGACUCUAAAUGGAACACGCGUUCUUUUCAAAUUACGUCAGACCUAACAUAAUUCGGUUCUAAAGAAAGUUAUUCCUCUGUGCGGUUCUGCUGCUGCUGAAGAUUGUUGCCCUCCUGCCUUGCGUCAGUUCUCGCGUGGACAGGAUCAGGCGAGGCUGGGAACGGAAGGGAACCAAAGCCCGGGGUUCCGGCGCCGCCACCAAU